AAACCCUCUCCUCGCCGUCAUCGCCGCAGCAUUGGCCACCAUCAGUUUCUCCGGCUACGUGAUCUCGGGAAACAACAAAUAAUCAAAGUUGCAGAAUGGAGUCAAAUCAGGCAGCUUCUUCUAUGGAAGUUGAGACUGUCCCAUCUGAAGCCAAACUUUUGCCACCAAAGCCAAAGUUUGAGCCUUUGAAGCCUCAUGAGAUGUCUGAUGGUCAGGUACAGUUCCGCAAGGUGAAUGUUCCACCUCAUCGUUAUACCCCUCUCAAGAAAGCUUGGAUGGACAUCUAUACUCCCAUAUAUGAACAGAUGAAAAUUGAUGUUCGUAUGAAUUUGAAGGCUCGUAGAGUGGAGCUGAAGACAAGGCCUGAUACACCUGAUAUUAGUAACCUGCAAAAAUGUGCUGAUUUUGUCCAUGCUUUCAUGCUGGGUUUUGAUGUCAUAGAUGCCAUUGCUCUUUUGCGUUUGGAUGAGCUCUACAUCGAGUCCUUUGAGAUCAAGGAUGUUAAAACUCUUCGAGGCGAUCACUUGUCUCGUGCUAUUGGAAGGUUAUCUGGUAAAGGUGGUAAAACAAAGUUCGCAAUUGAGAAUGCAUCAAAGACAAGGAUUGUGAUUGCUGACACCAAAAUUCACAUAUUGGGAUCUUUUGCCAACAUAAAGAUUGCCAGGGACUCUCUCUGUAGCCUGAUCCUGGGAUCACCCGCAGGAAAGGUGUAUUCAAAACUUAGAGCAGUUACUGCCAGAUUGGCAGAAAGGUUUUGAUCUUCUUCUAAUCAAUUACAAAACAGGAUCAUUUUUCUGUUCCCAUAGAGUUUUCUAUAAUUUCUCUUAGAUCAAGUAUGAUGUGGAUGAGGUAUUGUGAGGAGGUUGCUUCGGUUCAUUCAAUUCAGCUAUUUGUUAAGUUCAAACCAAAGUUGUGGGUGUAAGAGCAUCUCUGUAAAAGUGAAGUUUUGCCUGUGAACUUGAAUACAUUACAUUAGUAUAGAUUAGAGUAAUUUAUGAAUGUUUACUGAUUGAUUGUUACAGAAAAAAACUGGUUAAGUUCUGUCUCCCAAUUUGCCUGGUUAAGUUUUGCC